CCACUUUGAGAAGUCGUCACGCUUUUCAACUUUCCUCCCUCCCUCCAUUGCUGAAUUGCCCUGCAAUUUCCUUCUUCUUUUAUCCCAAUAAUUUCCUUUGCUGCCUCAUAGCUCAUUUCUUCAUCAAAACAAGCUUUACAAACUCCGUCUUUGGUCUGGGUUCUCAUCGUUCUCUCGAUUCGCCCAUCGCAAGCUUCUGCAACAAUGGUUGUCCUUAAAGAAUUUCGAAUUGUCAUGCCUUUGUCAAUAGAAGAGUAUCAUAUAGCUCAGAUGUUUAUGGUCAUGAAAAUGCAACAACAGAGUACCACAGGCAAUGAAGGGGUGGAGAUUCUGGAGAACAGACCGUUUGAGGAUGACGAUUUUGGGCAAGGCCAAUACACGUCCAAAAUUUAUAGAUUGCAGAGCAAAGCUCCUACUUGGCUGACUAAACUUGCGCCCGAAGAUGCACUGGUGAUGCAAGAAGAAGCUUGGAAUGCAUAUCCUAUGUGCAAGUCAGUUAUAAAGUGUCCAUAUUUCACAAGAUUCCUUCUUACGAUUGAUACUAUUCAUAAAGCUGACAACGGCCAAACUGAAAAUGUGCAUGGACUCAGUGAAGCACAACUUGCUGCCAGGGAGGUGGAAAUUAUUGAUAUUGCUUCAGCUGCAACUGACUAUUGGAGUUACAUAAUUGGGAGAAACGACAUUGAUUUGUCCAAGUUCCAGUCAGCAAGAACUGGACGGGGACCUCUCUUAGAGGGGUGGAAGGACAAUUGUGUUCCAGUGAUGACUGCUUAUAAAUUGGUGACAGUAGACGCUCCAUACUGGGGCUUUGGAGGCAAACUUGAAAGAGCUCUGGUUGCAGGUGAAGGGGCACUUUUCCUGGAAAGCCAUCGGAAUAUUUUUGCUUGGAUCGACGACUGGUAUGGGCUGACAGUGGAGAUGAUGCGCGAGCUGGAGCAACAAAGCGACCGCUCUUUAAAUAAGAAACUUGGCCGGUACCAUUCAAAUGACAAGUUGAUGGCUCAAGAAUAAUGUCCUGUUGAUGCUGAAAAUCAACCACUGAAUCCCAUCUUCAUAAAGAUGAGGUAACCAUCAGAAUUUAUCCUCACUUGAAUCUAUGAGGUGACUAAUCAUUGUUCUUGAAAACAUAUGGUGGAUGAAAACCAUCUGUGAUAGUAUAGCUUAGAAUCAAGAUUUUUAAAACCCAGAAGUGAUUAUUAUUGUUGUAUAUAUUAUUGUAAUUCAUUACUUUAAGGCUAGCAAUCGCCCAUGAAAAAGCUGUACCAUGGUGCAAAUAUCUACCUUUUUGUAUAGGCUUUAUACUGCAGAUUUUCCCCUUUGCUAAAGUGUUUACUUUUAUUGUACAACUUCAUUGUAAAGUUUAAGGAAAAACAUUUUUCUUUAAGUAAAAUAUAUGUUUUGUUCAUUA